AUGUACGGCUCUACUACCCUCGCCGCAGGUGCGAUGCUCCUCGCUUCUGGAGCCCAGGCGAUCAACAUCACAUCUGGGUACAUCAACUAUACGACUGUUGCUGGGUACUUCUUACAGGAUGUUGCCAGUACUAACGCCUCAACAUUUGACUAUACUGCGACCAACUUCGGCCUUAUCAACCAGACCUACUCCGGCACCACGAGCUCGACUGCCAACCUCACGCAAUGGCAGCAAUUCCAGGCUCAGGUCGCGGCGUUGAACGCUGCCGCGCCUCUCAAUACUGUCUACAAGGUGCUGUUCAUGGGGAGACACGGCGAAGGAUACCACAAUGCUGCUGAGACAUUCUACGGUACCCCGGCAUGGAACUGCUAUUGGGCUGAGCUAAAUGGCAAUGCUACGGCCACUUGGUACGAUGCCGACUUGACCCCAAACGGCAUCAACCAGGCUAUCAUCGCGCACAACUUCUGGCAGCACGAGAUUGCCGUUCAGAAGAUCCCACAGCCGCAGUCUUAUUACUCUUCGCCUCUUACUCGCUGCCUGAAGACCACCAAUCUCACCUUCAACGGCAUCCCAACGCCGGAGUACUACCCAUUCGUCCCUACCGUCAAGGAACUCUUGCGUGAGGGCAUCUCCAUCCAUACCUGCGACCACCGCCGCAAUCGCACUUACAUCCACAACCUCUUCUCAACCUGGGAUGUCAGCGACCUUGGCGAGUACGACACCAUUUGGAACGGUGUCUCUGCCGAGACCAAUGAUGCCCAAGAUGCUCGUAGCAAGAAGGUUCUUGAUUCGAUCUUCGGCACUGAUGACCACACCUGGCUCUCCAUCACAUCCCACUCUGGUGAAAUCGGCAGCAUCCUUCGUGUCGUUGGUCACCGCUCGUUCUCCCUUAACACUGGCGCCGUAAUCCCCGUUCUGGUCAAGGCACAAUUCCUGCCUUCCGGCCCAGCACCAAGCAGCCCUGCAUACACUGUCAGCACUCACUGCGCAAACCCACCAGUGACUAGCAUCGCCAGCUUGGCUCAAGGCUGUGUUUGUAGCGGGACAGCCGUUGGUGGCAUCACGACACCCAUCUACAAUAUUUCCAGCGACUACCCAUCUGGAGCGGGUUUCCAGGCCACCGACCUGAACACGCCCACUGUACUUGCGAGCGCGACCGCCACUGCUACCGCCACGGGAGGUGCGAGCGGCAGCUCCAGCAGCAGCUUUUCUACCAGCUCCAGCAAGAGUUCGAGCGCAUCAACCUCGGCAAGUAUCACUGCUAGCGCGAGCACCAGCUCCAGCCGCCCAUAUGGACCACCGGGCUACAAUCCGUGGUCAUCUAGCUAUGGCUGGUGGUAG